AAAUUUUCUACUUCUUCCUCCUCUCCUCUCCCCAACGAUCUGAACCUCAUCAAUCUGGCCUUCCUCUUCUCAUCUUCAUCAUUCAAACCACUCUCCACCUCUGAUGCCCUUGAGGGAAUGGGAUGUCGGGGUACAUACUUGCCAUACUUGAUUCCAACCUUGUUGGGGUUCUCGGCCGAGAAGAGCAUGCGAAUGUUGAGGGAGAGAGAGGCGGAAGUGGUCGGGCUCGAUUCACCGUCUAGAUUGGGUGAGUUGAUGCCCAUUUGCUGGAUAACUAAUUGGUGGAAUUAGAUAAGCGAUUUGAGUAGGCACAACAAGCAAAAUCGAGCAUUAGAUUGUCCGAUCGAAACAUCAUCGAAUUGGUCCAAAAGCUUCACAAGAUCCACAUGGUGGCGAAGGAUGAGUGGACGAGGGUGGCGAUGACCGAUUGCCUUCUCGUCUUCAGUUCGGAUCUGUUCGUGACUGAAUUGGAAAUCGAAGGUGAUGACGGCAAUGAUAUCAGGGUCAAAUUCCAAUUCGGGGCUAGGGUUUGGGGUGGAGUCAAAUUCUCUGGGUUCCAGCUCUAAAUUCAGUGACUUUCUAGCUCCACAAGGGCUUCGAGUUGUUGGGUUGGAGUCCGAUUCAGAUUUGGAUAAAAAUGAAUUCAAAAGUGGAGGUAGAAGAGCGGCGAAGGUUACCAGGAGGAUGAUGAGGUUCUCAGUGACGACGCCGUUUCGAACUUCGAGCAGGACGAGGAGGUUCUCAGUGACGAGGCCGGUGAGCCCAAUUUCUUGCCUGACCUCAAGCUCUUCAUCGAAAACCUUCCCCUCACUGUCGCUAACUGAGCUCUUCGAAGGUGCUGGAAAUGUUGAGAUGGUUGAGGUGAUAUAUGACAAGAUGACUGGGAGAAGAAGGGGAUUCGGGUUUGUGACCAUGUCGAGUGCUCAGGAAGUAGAAGCAGCUGCUCGACAGUUCAAUGGCUAUGUGAGUCACCAUUUUGUGUCUAUGAUUUGUGUGUGUAUAUGUGAGAAGGUGAAAAAAAUUGUUUGAGAUUUGAGAAAGUUGCAUUGGUGUUUGAGACUUGUUCAAGAUUUGUUAACCAGAAAAAUUAGUGUUGAAGCUUAGUGAGAGCUUAUCUUAAGAUCACUGUGGUAGCUCUGGUAUUGACCCAUAGUUUGAUGUAUUUUUGGCAUGGUUGUUGUUUGUAUGUUAUUAGAUAUUUUGGAGCGAAAAUGAGUUGGUGAUGA